AUGCCAUCAAAGAAAAAGCAAAAACUCGAAAAACUCGACAAACCUACUUGCUUACAUACCUGCAACAAGACUCCCUUUGCAAAAGCUUUCCUGCCAAACGAGAUCUACCGCCAACGGCUUCUAGAUUACAUCGCCAUCAUCCAUCAACUUGCUGACCACGCUUCCCACGCUCUCAAAUUCUACAUCCUAUCUGCACCAUCCUUCACCGUGAACGAGGAGACCAUCGAAGCGAUUCUCUAUCUUCUCAACAAAGGAGAGGCAUGGCAACCAAAAACUGAUGCAAAGAAGGCGCUACGCAGAUGCUUGUUGCCAUACAUUCAACGGUACUGCCACAUCAUCGGCUUCGUUCAUCCAAAUCUACAAAAAGAGCAGCAAUCAGUCAAUUACCUGACAGUGAGUAUGAUGACGAACCUGAAAGUCAACGUUCAAGAGCAUCUCAUGCAGAUGCUCCUUUGGUAUAUCAAUCUGCAGCUUGACGUGAAGGGACAGAAGCAGCGACUGCCACUGAAAAGCGAUGCGCGGAAAGCUUUCUUUACUCGGCUACGCUACUUGAAGUCGGUUUUCCUUUUCGAAACAAUGCCAGAAUCGCUGGAUGACCUGAGCAUUCUUGAAAACGAGAUUUUAGAAGAGAUCUGGACACUUAACCUGCCAUUUCCUGAUCAAGACAAGCCGCUUGCCUACCUCAUUGCCAUCGACGCGAUGUCCUUCUUUCCUGCAUACUGCCGACUGUCAAAGUUGUUCGAGCAGCAAGGCUUUCGACAGUUCAGCGCGAUACCUCUGCGCCGCUCUCUCAUCCAAAGCCAUGUGCGGAUUGACACCGUCAUCCUCUACUCUCAUGUUCUUUGCAUCACGCGACGAGAAGCAGAAGCCGUAGAGAAGGUCGAUUUAUGGUUGCGCGUCUGUAAUCUACGUACCAAAGCUUUUCGGUCUCGCUGUGGUAUGCAUUUUGAAGGCUCGAUCACGACGGACGGUACCUCGGUGUCAGUUUACUUGAAACAUCCUGAAGCUGACAAGUAUGGAAAACGCAGCGGAGGGAAAAAGUCAGCAAACACGAUGGAGGCAGAGGUUAAAGCGCUUUAUGUGGAAAACAACUUAUCUGCUUGUCAAGAGAACUUUGUUGUUAUCGACCCAAACAAGCGCGAUCUUCUCUACUGCCAAGACAGCAUUGGUACGACGUUCCGUUACACCGCCAACCAGCGAGCCGUGGAGACAGGUAGCCGGCGAUUUGCAAAGAGACGAGAAGCAAUGAAGAAAGAAGCUGGAGUUGACCUCAUAGAAUCACGUAUCCCAAGCCACAAGAUGAUGAACGUCAUGGACUUUACUCGCUACCUUCUCGUUCGUCGCGCAGAUUCGGAUCGUCGCAAGGAAUUCUACUCCCACCCUGCCCACACACGGUGGAAGUGGCAUGCAUUUAUAAACCGUCAGAAGAGUGAAUCGAACCUCAUAUCCAACAUGCACAACAAGUUUGGGAGGAACUUUACCAUUGUGAUGGGUGAUUGGAGCGACGCCGGUCGAACUACGAGAUUUCAGACCUCAUCAAAGACAAAAGGCUGGCGCACCCUCUUUAAGCGCAACCGCAUUGAUUGUUUCCUUCUCGACGAGUACAAGACCUCAUCUGUCUGCCCUCACUGUUCCUCUGACGUUGAAAAAGGCUUCAAAACACGACCUCAUUCAAGACCUUAUCGACGACGAGAAGGCAAGAUUGAAAAAGUCCACGGAUUGCUGGGUUGUACCAACCCUAACUGUCAGCAAGACUGGACGAUGCGCUACUGGAAUCGAGAUACGCUGUCAACCUGCAACAUGCUGAUGAUCGUGCAAUCAAUGUUGGAUGGGCACUGUAGACCAGAGGUGUUCAGCAGGAGGAGUGUUCCAGCCGUAGCAUAG